AUGGUCGUUUUGGUGGAGGAGGAGAACGAUUUGGUGGUAGCGGUGGACGAUUUCGUGGUGGCAAUAGAGCAUGCUGAAGAAGGGUACUUUGGCGGCGGCGGCGGAAAAAUUCGGUGGUUCUGGAUAUUGCAAGUUUGGGUGGAGCAAGGUGUAUCGUCUUUUGAGAAGACCCUUUGUCAAGCCUCUCCAAACUGCUGCAGAGAAUCUGCAGGUGAAGAAAAGAUGGUUUCGUGUUUCCAAAGACUGCUGACAUAA